CUGAAGAGCGCAGCGGUGUGCGUAUCGGACUGGUCUCCUGUCGGAAUUUACGCCUGGGGUCGGAAUACUUUUUUGUUUACUUUUUGGACAAGCUCAAAUAAAUGUCGCCUCAGAUUCGGCUCUGAGUCUUCGAGUUUGCGCUUCUCUGUUUAGCAAACGCGUAUGCUGGCCAGCCACUGUUUCUGCUCUUGCCAUGUUAUGAUAGCUAGCCAUCGCUAGCGAGCUAGCUAACUGUAUGGCUGCUGGUACCGCUGCAAAGAAGGUGAUAAUUAGCUAGCAAGCGGGCUACGCUGGCUCGCCGACUAGUUUGUUCCAGGCAGUCGGACAGUUCGCCAUGUUUUAACACAUCCGAUAAGGCUGCUUAACGGAUGAUGCGUUUGAUAUCACAGCAAGGGUGGCCAUCCUAAAGGAAUAUCACACACACAGAGGAUUAAUCGUCUUGUCCUUGGAAAUUAUGGAGUGAUUUCGCCGCUAACACCAUGCGCGCUGUCAAAUCAGUCCUGGGUCACUGCUGCGGAGAGUCCACGUCGUUAUGUUUGGAUUUACCAGGCAGUUCAUGAAGACCAGCAGCUCCAGUUGGACGUCUUUUUAAUGUGCUUCCCAUAAUACAUUAACUAUGUAUAAAAGGAGGUUGAAUUGGGUUGUAUUUGUAUGAACAUUCAGCCCCCAGUGUGAAUUUGUGUUAAGGAAGCCCCACAGAGGGAAGUCCAGGACGGGACAGGUACUCAAAAACUAUCCCUUCCUAAAGAAACAUGGCCUCGGUUUGGAAAAGAUUGCAACGUGUGGGGAAGCAUGCCUCCAAAUUCCAGUUUGUGGCUUCCUAUCAGGAGCUGAUGGUGGAAUGCACUAAGAAAUGGCAACCAGACAAACUGGUGGUGGUUUGGACACGCAGGAGUCGGCGGAAAUCAUCCAAGUCCCACAGCUGGCAGCCCGGCAUCAAGAAUCCCUACAGGGGAGUGGUGGUGUGGCCUGUACCAGAGAACAUUGAGAUCACUGUAACACUUUUUAAGGACCCCCAUGCAGAGGAGUUUGAGGACAAAGAGUGGACAUUUGUAAUUGAAAAUGAGUCUCCAUCAGGGCGGAGGAAGGCCUUGGCCACCAGCAGUAUAAACAUGAAGCAGUAUGCCAGUCCAAUGCCCACACAGACAGAUGUCAAGCUAAAGUUCAAGCCCCUCUCAAAGAAGGUGGUGUCAGCCACCCUGCAGUUCUCUCUCUCCUGUAUCUUCCUCCGUGAGGGCAAGGCCACCGAUGAGGACAUGCAGAGCCUGGCCAGCCUCAUGAGCAUGAAGCAGGCUGAUAUCGGCAACCUUGACGACUUUGAGGAGGAGAACGAGGAGGAUGAGGAGAACAGGGUCAACCAGGAGGAGAAGGCGGCCAAGAUUACAGAGAUAGUAAACCAGUUGAAUGCCCUCAGCUGCUUACAUGGGGAUGAUGAUGAUGAUGAUGAUGGUGGUGUCCUUAAGCGAGCAAGCAAGGCAACCGCUAAGCCUGCCGCUUCCUCCAAAGAGCUGAUCAGCAAGCUGAACUUCCUGGAAGACGAGGAUCAGGACACGCCCACUGCCAUGAGCACCAAUCCCUUUGAAGAGCCUGAUGAUGACCCACAUGACCCUAAUCACCUCAACCCAUUCGGCGACCCCGAUGAGGAAGAGUUGCCUGCCCAGCACAUCCUACGGCAGCAAGUCGAUGACGAUUCAUUCUACGACCAUGACCCCUCAAACCCCUUCAAUGAGCCAGACGUACCUGAGACGCACACGCCGCCAGGGAACCCCUUCGAUGAGCCAGAGCAAGACAUGGACCCCCAGCCUGACCCAGAACCCCCCAAGCCCAGGCAGAGGAAAGGUGUGCGGCCAGUUGACAUGAGCAAGUACCUGUACGCCGACACCUCCCGCAACGAGGACGAGGAGUUGGAUGAAUCCAACCCAUUCUAUGAGCCAAGGACCUCAAGCCCGGUGCAACCCCCUGCCAGUGGCUCCUCCCUUGAUGUCGGCAGCAGCCAGAAGAGGAGGGCCCCCCUGCCGCCCAGUUCUGGCCCCGGCCUUGGCCCCAGUCCCCUGGCCCCCAAACCCAGCUCUGGCCCAGACAGGGAGAGAGCGCAGCCAGCCGGGCCCAGCCCAGUAUCAGCACUCAUGGGGAGAGAGCUGGCCUCCUCCUCCCCCAAGCCCAGCCCAAUCCCAAGUCCCGUGCUGGGAGGGAAGCCCAACGCCAGCCAGUCUCUGCUGGCCUGGUGCCGCGAGGUCACCAAGAACUACCGCGGGGUGAAGAUCACAAACUUCACCACCUCCUGGAGGAACGGCCUGGCCUUCUGCGCCCUGCUGCACCACUUCAGACCCGAUAUCAUAGACUACAAGUCGCUCAAUCCUCAGGAUAUUAAAGAAAACAACAAAAAGGCGUACGAUGGUUUUGCCAGCCUGGGUAUCUCCCGCCUCCUGGAGCCAUCAGACAUGGUGCUGCUGGCUAUCCCUGACAAGCUAACAGUAAUGACCUACCUGUAUCAGAUCCGGGCCCAUUUCUCUGGCGAGGAGCUCAACGUGGUUCAGAUUGAGGCCAACAGCAGCCGCAGCACCUACAAGGUGGGAGACUUUGAAACCGAUACCAACGCCUCCAUAGGCCAGGACAAGUUCUACGCUGAGCUCAAUGAUGUGCAGCACCGCCAGACUCACCUUGAGCCAGCUGGGUCUACUGGCGAUGUUAGCACUGAAGCUAACGGCACUAAAGCUGCUGAGGGCGAGGAGAUGGAGACAACGUGGAAAGCCGAGGCAGGGGGGAUUUCAGCCAGCUCGCCAACAACAAUGACACUACCAUCCUCGCCGCCUGUCCCAUCACCACGCACGGUGCUGUCCUCCUCAGCAACAGACUCCACCUCCAGACCUGCCCAGGCCACGCUUCCAGCCUCUGAGGACAGGGGGAAGCUUCCCAAAGCUGACACAUUAGACCUCAGUGAGUUACCACAGAGAGUGGAGAGAGAAACGGAGAAGGUGAGACAACGAAGAGAGGAGGAGGGAAGGGAUGGGGAUGUACCUGAUACAGAACCAGGGUCCCCCGCUCGGAGGGGGGCGUCCUCCUCCCCAUCCCACCAGAAGCUGGGCUUCUCCUACAACAGGGACGCUGACCUCAUCAAGAAGAAGAGGGCCAGCCUGCGCCACUCCGAGUCCGAGCCCGCCUCUGACACCAGCUCCCCGCCACUCAACCAUACAGACACACCCCUCAAACAGGAACCAACACCUGCCCCUGUGUCAAGUCCCCCUGCAGAGAAGAAGGUGCAGUCUCGUCAGGAGGAGUUGAAGGAGAGAGCCAGACUUCUCCUGGAGCAGGCCCGCAGAGAUGCUGCCAUGAAGGCUGGCAACAAGAAUGCCCCGAACUCAGCCCUCACCGCACCAACCAGAGCCACAAGCAUCACUGAUGAGCGGGACGCGGAGCGGAGGAGGCAGCUGAGAGAGCGAGCCAGGCAGCUGAUAGCUGAGGCUCGAUCCGGAGUGAAGAUGUCCGACAUGAGCCUGCUGGACACGUCCAGUACUGAGAGAGGCAAGGGCAGCAAGGCGAGCCCUGCUGGAGAUGUGUUGGAUGGAGUGGCAGGUGGUGAUGAUGGUGCUGAUGGUGAGAGGGGUGAUGAUGAGAAGGAGGGGAGGGCUGAGGAAGAGCAGGUCCAUGCUGUUGCUGCUGCUGUUGCUGCUGUUGAUGAUGAUGAUGAUGAUGCUGUUGCCACUGCCACAUCCACGUCUGCUCUAGAUACUAACCCAGCACCACUGGAGGCCCCUCUGCCAGCCACCUCCAGCACCAAGGGGCCCCCGGAGCUUACUAACCACGACUCUGAGCUAACCUCUCUGGGUGUGAACAGUAAGCAUGUGGACCUGAAGCUGAAGAAGCUGGUGGACGUUAGGCCAGGAGGAGCCAUGUCCCCGUCGUCUCCUUCUUCUACGUCCUCUUCCUCCUCGCCCACCACCUCUUCCACUUCGCCGCUCAGCCCUGCUGAUGGACUGGAGAAUAACGCUGAGGAGCUGCGAGCAGAGCGGCUACGCCGGGCAACAGAGAGGUUGCGCAGCCCAGUAGUCUUCAACAAGGACUCGGCUGUCAGGAAAACACAGCUGAAGUCCUUCAGCCAGUACGUGGAGACCCGACCAGAGGUAAAGAGGCAAAGAUCCAUUCCCGAGGAUCUUAAGAAAGCCGGGGAGGACAGGGGGUCGCCGAUGGAAGCUGAUGUCCGCAGGCCUUUUGAAGAAGAGAAGGCGUUCAAAGACACCAGUCAGUAUGUGGUUGGGGAGUUGUCUGCGCUGGAGAGCGAGCAGAGGCACAUAGACGCCCGAGCGGCUCGCGUGGAGAAGAGGCUGCGCUAUCUCAUGGACACAGGUAACAACAAGGAAGAGGAGGAGGCCAUGAUGCAGGAGUGGUUCAUGUUGGUGAACAAGAAGAACGCCCUGAUCAGACGACAGAACCAGCUCUCUCUGCUGGAGAAAGAGCACGAUCUGGAGAGGCGCUUCGAACUGCUCAACAGAGAGCUGAGAGCUAUGCUGGCCAUUGAAGACUGGCAGAAGACGGAGGCCCAGAAGAGACGAGAGCAGCUGCUGCUGGAUGAGCUUGUCAUUCUCGUCAACAAACGAGAUGCGCUGGUCAGGGACCUGGAUGCCCAGGAGAAACAGGCCGAGGAGGAGGAUGAGCACCUGGAGAGGACACUGGAGCAGAACAAAGGCAAGAUGGCCAAGAAAGAGGAGAAGUGUGUCCUUCAAUGAUUGUCAUUUCAACAAAAAACAACCAACCAACAAAUGUAGCCGAUAAAAGAAUUGUAUUAUCAUCAUUAUUAUUAUCAUUAUAUUAUUAUUAUUAUUAUUUCAUACUGGCUAUCUUAGACAUUUGUAUCACAUUUAUUGGAAAUCUAAUCUGGUUGUUUUGGUCAAACUAACCCAAGAGACUUGGCUAAAGGGGCCCUGCAAUGCCUUGCACCAACUUUAUACUGACUGAAACUGUCCCAAUUCCACACUACGUUUUUAUUGUUUCUUGUUUGCUUUACCAAGAAAGGUACUUGUAUGUAUUAUAAAUAUGUAUGAGAGAGAGAGAGGGCAGUGCAAAACCUAUCCCAGGGCUCAAGCAGCCACACUCUUGACUCUGACAAAUGGAUAUUUGUAUGUAAUGACGUUUGAAUUUCAACCUGAGAUGUUUAUUGGAGACGCACACAGCCUACUCUGUCUGAAUGUGGAGAUCACUCGGCUUGAGGUACAACACAACUUGUAUUAUUGGGGGAUUUUUUUUUUCUCAUGUUGAGCAGAUGUGGGAUUGACUUUUUAGUUUGACUUCUACAAGAAAAGAGGAAAAAAAGAGGAGACGUUAUAAUGUCGGUCUUUUCAAGCUACGUUCGUUACUUGACUGUACCUUUUAAAUAUUUCACUUCAAAGUUUUUACUUGUAAAAUCUCUUUAAAGGGGAACACAUUACCGUUCAUAAAUCUUAACUUUCAUAUUACUUAACUGACUUGUUUUCUUGGCUUGAAAGCAGUUUACCAAACAUUUAGCAGCUGGUUCAGCCAGAAAGAUGUUUAAAAAAAAAAAAAAAGAAAAGAAAAAAGAAAAAAAGAAAGGAAAAAAAAAAAAGAGUCAUGUUGUAUAUUUCCACUGUUCUGACCAAUAGCUUUCAAAAUCCUCCCUUUUUUCCGGGAUUCAUGCAGUCGAUAGCAAAAAGUAAGUAAGUAAAUAAAUAAAUAAAUAAAAAUAUUUAUUGCCGUUUGUCCUAUAAGCUGCUUGUAAGUGAACUAUCAUCACAGUCGUGCAUUUUGCUCAGCAACUUUGUUUCUAUUUAUUGUAUACUGAAGAAGAGAAAUAUGCUUCCAUGUGCAUCUCUUAGUUCCACAUUUGGUGCAGCUGUCUACGUGUGAACAUUUAUCUGUUUAUUUAUUCCAGUGUCAUAACCCAAGUCUUCAAUAAAGUCCUUAUGCUUUCGUACUCCAAA